CAUUUACGAUGACUAUUGCCGAGCAAAAGACUGGUAUCAACGAGAAGCGGACCGCGGAUGGAUGGAAGAAAACAAAAGCAGCAACAACGACCACCAACAAGGAAGGAACAAUUGAGCCCCACAGAGUUGCAACCGUCUGAGCGGAACCAGGCUACUUUGUCAGCAGCCUAACCGGUAUACAGUAACAACCAACAGGUGCCACGUAGCUGCCUCUAGUCACAGUUAAUCCUACUCUGCGACUGGACCAGUGGACCGCUUGAUUGACCGCUUGGAGCUACCCCCAUCAUCAUCCAACCAUGGGCGAGAAGAAAGAUGACGAUGCUGGUUCCUUGUCGAGUGGGAAUCGUCAGGAAGAAGAAGAGUCCUCGAACCAGCCCGAGGACCCCGAGUUGAGCUUUUCCUGGAAAGACUAUGCGGCCGAGAAUGAUCGGCGCGAAACUGAGGCUACUGCCGCCAGAGCGGAAGCCGCGGCGGCUCCUACCAAUGCACAAGCUGCUGUAGCAACGGCCAUUCGAGACGACUCGGAAGAAGAAUCAGAGGAGGAAGGAGAAGAAGAAGUGGCUGCAGGCGACGAAGAAGGAGGAGAAGGACGAAACAACAGCCAUCAUUCGGGGCUUACGACAGAAGAGUCGACAACGUCCGAGUACGAAGAGGACUUGUUCCCAGAAGGCGAAGCAUCUCACAAGGAUGACAAUAAUAAUAACAACAACAACAAAAGCAACAACGUUCGUAGCAGCGGUCGCAACAAGGGGGGGAGCCGUGCCGAUUCGAGUCUUUCGGGGAGCUCCUUUCACAGUGGCCUCACGGGGCCUUCGCAGCACUCGGCCACCAUUGAAGUCACUCCGGCCAUGUGGGCCCGCACGUGGAAUGACCGUGCGGACAAAUUCAAAAAAGAUCAUCCCCAAGAAUACAAGGAUGUCGAACGACAAAUGAAACGAAAGGACAUUCACAAAAUCGAAGAAGAACGAUCCCAGCGAAUUCACGAAAACAAAAUAUUCCAAAAUGUCGAUCGGCUAUUCAAAAUUCUGGGGGGAGCCUUUUUGACAUGGUGUUGUUGCAUCAUUAUUCUCUGUAUCGUCUUGGCGGUACUCAUGAAAGAGGAUUCCACGGCUCCCGCUGCACCCACGGCGACACCCCCGAAUGGGACCAUGACCACCAUGGCUCCAACUGUGGCACCUGUUGAUGUGGUGACAACAGAAACGGUUGCCAAUGUCACAAAGCUACGGUUGUAACAAAGCAUGUGUUUACUUCGGAGGCAAACCAUUGCUUUCGCGAACUGGUGGAGUACCUUAUUGUGGAAAACGCCCCCUUGCCUCGCUGCAGUUUGUCGGGCCAGUGGCGGGCUGUGCAAAAGCCGUCGUUUCAUUUGGUUGCCUGCUCUUGCAUGAAAUCUGAUCAAGGGCCGUGCCAUACCAGGGGUAUGCCGUCUCUGUUGAAUUCCGAGCUUUCUGGUGGGUCGGAAGUACCGCUGCUGUACUGUAGUCAUCUGUUACGUCAUGCAGAAUUUGUUGAGCCAAUGUGCUAGCAGGUAGCUCCCUCACCUUCUUACUAGAAGCUGACAAAUGGGAUGAUCAUCCUGCAAAGUCUCCAAUUCUGUGGUCUGGACACUGUUUGGGAUGUGCUCAAUGCACCUGGACCGACCCAAAGUCUGACAAACGUACAUGUACUUUAAAAGCCUUGCACAACACAAAGAAACUGCCAGUGCAUGUAAAAUAAAUUGGGCUAAAGCUUCGUGAAACGCCUCUACCAUCUCUGGGCCCAUUUCAUCCUGGUCUCGCAACACCUGCUUGGGCA